CUUGUAUAGUCUCCAUGCUCUGAGGUGUAAAUAAAUAUGUUUUGUUUUGUGUAGUAUACUGUCAAAAGUGUCAAAUAGAGACAGAUAUUUUGUUGUUUUUUAAAAACCGAAGUACUUGCUUCUGUAUAUUAAAAUGAAAAUUAAAUCAAGAAGACUCAAAUCCAACAGAGGAAAUCAAGGGGAGAUGUAUGUGAGGAAUAAUUAUAGAAGUUAUAAUGAUAUUUCUAGUGGUCUAAAUUCUAUGGAUUUUUAUCAACAACACCAGAGUUAUAGCAUAUAUUCUAAAUAUAAAUAUAUUAACUCUUCAGUUAAAAGACCAAUGAGAUCCAAUGACAGAAGAAAAAAUUCUCGAUCGAUUUCACCUGUACUAGGAAGUGAAGAAUAUAUGACGAAAAAAAUUGAACAGACAAGUGCAAUAAUAAUGAGACAACUUUUAAAUCCAAAUGAACAAACUUCCGAAUGUAUAAAUCGAUCAAGCAGAGAAAAUGAGAAAGGCAGAUUAAAAAGUCAGACAAGAAAUGAAGCUGUUGAAUCAAUGUCACCGACCAAUAAUUAUUGUAAUAAAAGUAAAACUAAAAAAAGUGCCAUAUACAAUAUUGAUGAAAUUCAAGAAAAAAUUAUGAACCACAUAACAAAAUUAAAUGAUGGCAAAAAGAAGAAUCUCAUUAACAGUAAUAUGUCAGGUUAUGAUGCUGUAAUAGAACAAAUUCAAAAACAGAAAAGAUUAGAAAUAUCUCGGGCUCUUCGUGCUAUGUGUUCACAUUCAAAAGAGAGAAAAGAAACUAGUGAUUUUAUUAAUUCUAUUAUUCCUGAUAUAGGUAUAAAAAUUGAGGAUUUACCGCAUGACUUAAUAGAGGAAUUGAGAAAUACUCUAGAUACUGAUCCAGAAUGGUAUAGUAAUGAUUUAUAUUAUAAUAACCCAAGUACCGAUGAAUUUUCUUUAGGAUCAAAUGACAUAUAUACAGACAACUCUGUGGGCAAAUUUAAUGAUCUUGCAUUGAAAACCAAACCUACCCAAAUAAUUGUAAAAUCCGAACCUGCUGAAUUUGACAUACUUUGUAAGGAAAAUGGCCAAAAUUCCAGACAGACUAAUGACAAUAUUGUUAAUAAGUUAAACAGUAACAAUGUAGAUAAGCUUAUAAACAGUAAUAAUAAUUACACACCAAAUAAGGACGACAAUAUAAUUACUAACAGUAAAAAUGAUUCUGAAAUUACUGCAGUUACCGUCAAAAAAGAAAUUUGUGAACAGCCUGAAUCUGAAUAUUCCGAUAAUACAUAUAAAGAGAACCAGGAAAAUAGUACUAUAAUUAAUGUAAUGAAUGGUGAAAUUUGUCAAGAUUCAGAAUACGAAUAUGGAAAUUAUUCACUUCAAACAAGUAGUGAUGCUGAAAAAAACGAGGAAAGCAGUAUUACGGAGGCUGACUGUUUGAAAUUAAAUAAAACCAAUUUACCAAGGUCUUUCGUUAAAACUAAAACUUGUGAUGCCACUGAGGAAAACGAUAAUGAAAAAGAUAAUACAGAAUUGACCCAGAGAGGUUUAUUACUAUCAGUCGAAAAGAGUGACAAACAAAUAAUUCAAAAUAAAACCGAACGAAAUACAAUUAAAAAUGAUAUUGUCAUAUCAGUGUCAAAUACCUCGACACAAACAGGUGAACAAUAUGAAACACAUUGUGCGAAAAAAUGUAUUGAUCAUUUACUUACGAGUUGUUAUCAACAAACCCCAAAAAAUAUAUCAGAAGCCAUUAAUAGAAUGCUUGAAAUAGAUGAAUGUGUUUUGAAAUUAACCAAUUAUAGACAGUCUUUAUUUACCAAUCUGAAUUCAGUAGGUGAAAUUGAUGUAAUGGAAACUAAUUCGUUGCCAUCAGUUGCAAACAAUGCUGCAAUGCAUAGAAACUUUAAUGAGACAAACUGUAAUAAAGAAAGCAGUACACAAAGCAUGCAGAUUUUAUCUAAGAAACACAAAAAGAGAAAGAAAAAGCUUGCAGAUCUCAAUUCAGUUAAUGAAAUUAGUAAUUGUGAACAGCCAGAUACAAAUUGUAUUUCUCAGAAAAAUUCUUUUGAGAAAGAUAGUGAAAUAGAAUAUGAAGUAAAACCUUUAACUGGAAAAUUUAAGGUACCCAAUAAAAAUGCUCAAAAAUGUUUCACCAAAAGGAAAAAGUCUGCAGAUAUUGUAGACAGUUUCAAUUUAAAUAGUAAGCAUUCUGAAAUAAAAAAACAAAGUUCAUUAGACUUUAAAGGAAUUAGAAAUCAGCCAAAGCAUUUACAAUUGUUAGACCUUCAUGAAAAAAUUUUAGUUGUAAAGGUGGCAGACAAAUUGUUAGUUGCUGGAACAGAAAGUGGCAAAAUUAUAUUUUGUUGCUUAGAAACUGGACACUAUAGUAAAAUAUUACAUAUUUGCCAUGUACCAAUUACAUCUCUGUUAUUUUGGAAACAUAGCCAUAACACUACAUAUAUGUAUGUUGGAUCUUUCGAUACCACUUUAAAAGUAUAUAGUUUACACAAUUAUUCUAACAUCGAAACUGUUCCACUUGAUGACAGAAUUCAGUGCAUGGAGUGCAGUUGGGGUUAUAUUUUUAUUGGAUGUAUUGGAGGCUCUUUACUUAGAUACACACUGAAGAAGAAAGUUGUCGAAUUUGGAGAUAAAUACUCUCAUAACAGCAUUCUUGUCCUGAAAGCAACACAAGAAGGUGCACGCAGAGUACUUCUGAUAGGAUCUCGUAAUUCUCCUGUGUGUAUAAGAGAUGCUAUGACUGGAUUGUAUAUGAGAACUAUGGAAGAUGUUAUAUCUCCUACUGUUUAUUCUUUAAUUUUGAAUAAAAGUUUGCUUUAUUGUGGAACUACUAAUCAUGACAUCUUAGUAUAUUCUUUUCAUGAUGGAAAAUUAAUUCAUAGGUAUAAAGCAACUGACUCCAAAGGGAUUGGCUGUAUGAAAAUCGAUAGAAACUUAUUAUUUGCUAGUUGUCAUAAUGGUAAUAUUUAUGUUUAUGACAUUAAAGAUAAUACAUUUAUAUCCAGCAUACAAGGUCCAGGAGGUGUAAUACUAUCUAUGGAAGUAUUUGAAAAUCAGGUCAUCAUUGGUACAAUGUCGUUUAAGUUCAUAUCGCUAUUAAUUCCUCAGCAUAUUCAGCAACGUAAAAUAUGUAAUUAAGUACAAAAUUCGAUUUACUUAUCUUUGUUUAUAUGAUGUACAUAUUUUUAUAUAUUUUUUAAAUAAAUUACUAAUA